AUGGCCUCCAAAGUCCCAAGAUUUUACAAAUUGUCGAGCGGAUACAGUUUACCCUCCAUCGGACUGGGCACCUACGACAUCCCAAGGGGAGAGACUGCCAACGUGGUGUACGAGGCGCUCAAAGUGGGAUUCAGGCACAUGGAUACUGCUGUGCUAUAUGGUAAUGAGCAUGAAGUUGGCCAGGGUAUCGAGCGCUGGUUGCAAGAGGACCCCGAGACGAACAAGCGUGAAGACGUUUUCUACACCACCAAGCUUUGGAACUCACAGAAUGGGUACGAAAACGCCAAGCGCGCCAUCCGCGAGUGCCUCGAAAAGGUCAAGCCAUUGGGUUACAUCGACUUACUGCUAAUUCAUUCGCCCUUAAGUGGGCCACGCCGUCGCCUCGAGACUUGGAAAGCCAUGCAAGAAGCCGUUGACGAAGGGCUUGUCAAAUCCAUCGGCGUGUCAAACUACGGGAUCAAGCACAUAGAAGAGCUGCUCGGCUGGGAUCAAUUACGCCACAAGCCUGUUGUUAACCAAAUUGAGAUUUCUCCCUGGCUCAUGCGCCAGCAACUAGCCGACUUUUGCAAAUCUAAAGGUCUCGUGGUCGAGGCGUACGCCCCACUCACCCAUGGCUAUAAACUCAAUCACCCCAACGUACUUCGCGUUGCAAAAGAGGUGGGCUGCAAUCCGGGACAAGUCCUCAUUCGCUGGUCUCUGCAGCAUGGCUACGUUCCCCUCCCCAAGUCCAAGACCGUGAACCGGCUGCAGGGCAAUUUUGACACUUACAACAUCGAGCUCACACCUGAGCAAGUUUCGUUUUUGGACCAACCUGAUGCCUACGAGCCCACUGACUGGGAGUGCACGGAUGCACCUUAG